AUGGGUGGGAAGCCUUCGAAGGCCGGCCGGACGGCGAGCAGCGGCAGCGGCUUUGGCGCCGGCGACCAGCGCCACUCCCUCUUCUCCAUCGACUCCCUCGAGCCCAUCUUCCUGCCCAACUUCGGCGUUCCUGACCUCUGUGAGCCUUUUUUGCAUGUUUGACUGACGAUCUCGAUUCUCUUUUUUCUGCUAAUUCAGUGAUGAUUGGUUUGUCCCUGGCUCAGAAAUUAUAAUGAGUCGAUGUUCAGCGAAGCUUCAUCUUCCGCCGGAGCCGCAGCCAUCGGCUCCCUCGGCGCCGCCACUCAGUCGCAACAAACAGGUCGCCAAACGUCGACCUCCUUCCACCAAUCCGAAUCUUGUGAGCAUCCCCACAUUAAUGGCACAUCCCUUUUGAGAUAUGAAAGACGUUUUGUUGUAGAGAAUGGCAUUUUUGAGUCUGUUUUUAAAAUUGCACAGAAGUCGGUAUUUUCAAUGGGUAUUCAUCGAAAAAGAAAACUGGUUCCAUACCGAAAAAGCCUCUUCAUCUCCAAAAAAAUCAAUUCUACUUAAGAGGACACUUCUACCUGGCUGUCCUAAUGUAAAAAAAAUUUCUCUGAAAUGAGAAAUUUGUGCUUUUUAGAGCAACUUGAGCGCUCUCAUGAGCCUUUAUUAAUCAAAAUCAAAAUGUUUUACUUCUCACACACACGUACUAAAGUUUACGGAGUAAAUGUAGGGAAAAAGAGAAAAAUAGGUGUUGCGAACUUGUUUUAAACUUUUUUUCAUUCUGAAUUUAAUUUCCUCUAAAAAAAAUAAGCCUUUCCGUAAAAAAUCAUGUGAAAUUUUGAAACAGAAUAAAAAGUGCUAUAAGAUGACUUUGACAUCGAAAUAAUUGUUUUCAAAGAUAUCUGCAGGUCGUGAAUAGAUCUGGAUCUUCGGCCGAUCCGAAAAAUCCGCCUCUGCCGCUUCGAAGAGAAUCUUUGGCUCCGAGCAAGUCUGUCAGCACUAACAUGAGCACUUUCGGCAACACCACGUCCAGUCCAGGUUUCUUGUUUUUUUUUUCGAAUCAAUCAAUUUACUUUCUUCUCCAGAAGCCCAGAAAUUGGCAAGAACAAAGUCGAACGCAUCGACGGCCUCUCUGCCGACGGGAACCGUCUCUCGUCGAGUUUCUCCUUGCCCUCGGGAAUACAGUUUGUUCAUCUCUUUUUUUGAUUUUGAUAAGGAAAAUUUCAACCGAGGUCAGGGACACCAGAAUGGUCCCUAGAGGGACUACCUUAGGGGUCUUUGGAGGUUCCCCUCUAGGGGUAUUAAAUCUUUCAAAAGUGGGCUACUCUAGGGAGCAUGCUGGUGGUCCUAUACGUCUUUUUAAUAUCUCUUAAUACCUUUCAAAAAAAGAUCACUAUAGGGAACACUCGUGGGUUUAAAGGUCAGACCAUACGGCUCUAGAGGGACCAUCGCACUUAUAGCCCUCUAAUUAAGAGGGCCAAAUCUCUUGAGAGCACUAUUUUGACCCCUAGAGGGCCUGUUUUCCCUUGACUUUUCUAGAAACACUGGCCUUCCUUAUUUUUUCGAAUGAGUCAUUGAUAAUCAUCGAUUUGUGUUUCAGAGCGCUCUUUGAUGAUUGCAAAGUUCACUUUUGUCGCGGACGGCGACAAUGAAAUGAGUUUGGAGGAAGGCGAUCAGCUUUAUCUCCUUGAUGACUGGUAAAAUCGGUUGUAUUUCAGCAGAUAGCUUGAUUGAUCAUUAAAAUAUGCUAGUGACAAAAGAGGGGAAGUUUUGGAAAAGAAAAACUUGAUAACGGAACAAUUUGUUCACUUUAUAAAGUAAGUACUGUAGUGAUGCUUUUUUGUUACCUUUUUGAUUUUGAGGAGAAAAAAAAAACUACGUAAUUUUAAUCCUACGACUCUUUAUUCUUUUUUGGCCUUUCCUAUUUCAAUUAAAAUUAAAGUUCUUUAGAAAAGCUUAUUUUAAUUGUCAAGCUUAUUCUGACAAUUUUUCUCGAAGAUAUUAAAUUGGUUUUGCCUUUUCAGUGAAGCCAAUUGGUGGUACGUAGAAAGCAAAACGACAGCCAAACGGGGAUUUGUACCGAAAUCUCACAUUUGUCAAGCGGAAAUCCGAGAAGAGUGAGUCAUGUCAGGUUCCGGGUUACAAGUCUUGUUUUCAGCUGGUGGGCCGGCAACAUUUCGCGUAUUUUGGCCGAGAGACGCGUCCUGCAGCCGGACCUCCCCGUCGGCUCUUUUCUGGUCCGCGAGAAACCUGCCGACAACAUCUUCGUUCUCACUAUCAAGGACCAAUGUGAGUUUGUAUCUUCCGAUUUUGUCCAACUUGGCCGAUAAAGAUCUCGAUGCAAGGCAUUACGAAAUCAAGCAGUUGGGCAAUGGAAAAGGCUUCACACUGGGAGAUGAAAUGCGUUUCACGACCCUGCAAGAUCUCGUCGAGCACUACAGAAGUGGGUUUUUGAAGAUUUUUUGAUUCAAAGGGUGCUCCUGAACUUUUUUCUUAUAGAAAAUAUAUCGAAACUUCUAACACAGUUUAUGGAUUCAGCUGGAAACUUCUGCUUUUUUUUAAGAAUCUUUGAAAAUAGACUGAAACCGAGUCGACUUGGCCUUCUGUUACAGCCACGUGUCGAGUUGAAACUUUGAUUUUUUUUUUCCUUUAAAAUUAAGAAAGUCUUCCUGAAGCUGGAAGUUUGGCUGUAAACUCUGGAAUUGAUGAAUUCAAAACAUGAAAAACUAAAAAUUUGCAGCUGUCAAAGUUAUUCACAUUUUCGUUGAAGCACCUAGAUCACCAAAAAUCAAGCUGUUCUAUUUUUUUCCCCCUAGCUUUUUCAGAGGAAAUUUUAAGAAAACAUAAACUAGAGUACUGAGUUACUAAAACCUAUUCCAGAAAAGACCAAUAUAUAUCAUCGUGUAAACAAUAAUUGUUAGUUCAUCGCGGCAAUACUCCGUCAGCCUGUAGUACUGGGGUUUUUGAGGCCAGAGCGGCGGUCUGUGCACGAUUCUGACGAAAGGAGCGCCGCCAGUCAGAGAGGAGACCGAGAUGCUCUACACGACGAUGGCCAGUUGGGAGGUCAAACGAGAAUCCAUCCGACUCAUCCAGAAAGUCGGCCAGGGACAGUUCGGCGAGGUUUGUCUUGGAAAUUUCCAAUUCAUUCUGGCAUUUCUGCAAAUUUUCGUGAGCUGUCCAGUCCAGAAUGGUCGAAGACAGGGAAUGUUCCCAUUUAAAAAAAUGGCAAAAAAAUGAAAAAAAUAAAUCUUUAUCUAAUAAUCGUUUCAAAAAAAUGUUAUAAUUUCCGAAAUUUCUUAGGCUCUAUUUUUGAAUUUUUCGCACAGGAAUUCAAAAAUAAAUCUUUUAUUAUCUACAUUUUUCUGUCUAAUGAUUGAGAUCAAAUGCUAAAAGUCGAAUCUUUUAUUUUUGACUUUUGGAUGGAGGCUGUUCCUUUUGAGUUUCCAGCUACUAUCGCCCCCGCGAGCAAAUUACCUUUGCUUGUCGAUUUUUUCUUCUUACUUGCUACGAUGGUCUUUUAAUAGCGUUAAAUUUUUUGAUCUUUAUUGAUCUAACAGCUCGUAAAAAAAAGUCGAAAAAUGCAGCACUAUUAAAGGAGCAUCAUAGCGCGCGAAAAAAAAACAAUUGACACGAAAGAGACUGUAGCCAGGGAGCAGAGUAGCUGCCUAUAACUAGAAAUCUGGACAGACUCUAGAAAAAAAGAGCUAACCGACAACGCCUUAAAAAACUAACCAUUUCGGUCCAUAUAAAGAUAAAAAUAAAAAGCUUCAUUUUUUCCCACCGUGAAAUAUUUUCAGGUGUACCAGGCAAAGUGGGAGAACGUGGACGUUGCUGUGAAGACGUUGAAGGACGACGCAACUUCCAGAGACUUUUUCAGGUUCUCUGAAGUUCAAGCUCCUUCUUCAUUUAUUAUUUUUUUUUGAAGUGAGGCCAACUUCCUGACCAAGCUGGACCAUGUUAAUUUGGUGAAACUCCUCGCCGUUUGCACGAAAGAGGUUUUGAGCUCAUUAGAUUCAAAAAUAGCGGGAAUUUUCAGAAACCGUUCUACAUCAUAACAGAAUACAUGCGAAACGGAUCUCUGUUAGAAUUGCUGAAGCUUGGAGUGAAGAAGAACCAUCUGACGGUGCCCGGGGCGAUCAACGUCGCGGCUCAAGUACCGUACUUCUCCUCGAGAUUUAAGCGCGAAUUUGCUCUCAGGUCGCGAGUGGAAUGGCUUAUUUGGAGGACCGUAAUAAGAUCCAUCGCGAUUUGGCGGCAAGAAACGUUCUCGUCGGAGAAAUUACCGACAACGUCCCUUUCGUUAAGGUUCGGCUCAGUACUUUCAUUUUUUUUUUCUCCUGAUUGCCUUUGCUUUUCUUGGAUCUAGUGGAUAAAUUAAAGUUAGAAUUUCCUAAUCUACAAGCUUAUUUCAUAACAUUUUCAUUUCACCUGAAAGCCUCUUUAAAAAAAAUUUAAGAUUUUUAGAAAAAAAAAAUUUGCAUCUAGCUUUUCGAAUUUUUCUAGUGUGGCGAGAGUAUCAUCAGAUCUUUUUUCCUUCGUUUUUUUGAUUUUAGUUCACUCAAAGAUGUCAACUUUUCGACUUCGGUUGACGUUUUUAUGAAAAAUUGACCAAAAGGACCUUCUGAUUCUAAAACAUGAAAAAAGUUUUUUUAUUUUCUUUGUCAUAGUCGAGUCGUGAACCUCUGCCAACUACAUGUAUAAUGAAUAGAAGUUGAACCGGGGGAGAAAAAAGGUCUCUCGUUAGAAUCAACCUGAAAAGCAGUUGAUUCUUUCAGAUAGCCGACUUCGGACUCGCGCGGGAACUUCAGCCAGGCGACGAGGUCUACUCCAUGUCCCAUAAUACCUCACUACCGGUCAAGUGGAUGUCCCCCGAGUCCUACUACGACCAGGCUUUCAGGUUUCUCGCUCAGCUUUUCUAAUUUUUUGAUAAACAAUAAACACCAUUUCCAGUUCGAAAAGUGACGUCUGGUCAUAUGGAAUAUUUUUAUACGAGCUAGUUACAGAGGGUCAAACUCCAUACAAAGGCAAGAAUUUUUGUAGAAAUAUUAAAUAAAUAUUUUUGAUUUUUCAAGGUCUCACUGCUGAGCAAACGAUCCGAAAAAGUUGACCACGGCUACAGGUUGCCGAGGCCAGAAGUCGUCCCAGAAGUCGUUUAUGAAAAUGUGAGACGUUUUUUCCGGCUUUAUUAUUGGCAAAAAAAGAUAAGUAUUUUAUUUUUCGUUUGGAAUUUACUCGAAAUUACGCUCGGAUGAAAAUCCCGCAACUUGAAACUUCCACAAUUCCUCAAUUUUUGAGAUAGUAAAGCUCAAAAUUAAGCUAAUUGAUAAUUUUCUUCGACUUUGUUAAUUUAAGCAAGUUUGUAAAUCAAAUUUUUGUCCCUUAGGAGCCUUUUUUCGAAUCAAAACAUUUCACCGUUACUGGAGGCCAUAUCUAGAUCUUCACAAAAUCAUCAAAGAUUUGUGGAAAAAGAUGAUGUUUAGACUUCUAUUUAAUGCUUUUGUCCCAAGUUGACUCAGUAGAGUUUCGGAACAAAGUUUCUUCACUUCAAAAGUUCCCGGCUGAAACAAAUGUCCCGUCAUUUUUGAAACAGGCGGUUUGUAGGUAUUCCUCGCGUGUCUCCACAAAGAUCCCGAGAAAAGGCCGUCUUUCCACCGGCUUUUCAAGUUCUUCGACGAGUACUACGCCUACUCGAAUAUCCACAAGACUCGAACUGUUCCUGAACACUUGAAAACUCCGAUUUGA